UAAUCUAUCAUACUUGAAAUGAGUCCAAGCUGUCACGUAUUUGAGGUGGGUCCUGGGCGUGCCAGCUUCAGCUCCUUGUAUAAAAAGAGGAUUCCUUUUUGAGGCAGUUUACAGAAGUCUUCUUCCAAAGUACUCUGAAACCAUGAGUCUCUCUGCUAAAGACAAAGACACCGUCAAAGCCUUCUGGGCCACAGUCUCCCCAAAGGCUGGAGAAAUUGGUGCUGAAGCUCUGUACAGGAUGCUGACUGUUUACCCACAGACCAAGACCUAUUUCUCCCACUGGACUGACUUGAGCUUUGGCUCUGCCCAAGUGAAGAAGCACGGAAAGACUAUUAUGGCUAGCGUGGAUGGUGCUGUCAGCAAAAUUGAUGACCUGACCACUGGGUUGCUUAGCCUAAGUGAGCUGCACGCUUUCCAGCUGCGUAUUGACCCGGCUAACUUCAAGAUCCUAGCCCACAACGUGCUCGUUGUUCUGGCCAUCAUGUUCCCCGCUGCCUUUACUCCUGAGGUGCACGUGUCUAUGGAUAAGUUUCUCAAUGCCUUGGCCCUGGCUCUCGCUGAGAAGUACAGAUAAGAAGAUCUGCAGGCAACAGAUGGACAUCGACAUGCAUCGGUCUUUCUCAGAUCCAGAAAAUGUCCUUUAUUGAUCUAAAUAAAUGCCAAAUAUAUUUUUGGCCUGCUAUUGAAAUCAAGACUGUCUUCUCUGGUCGUCUCUUUUGCUAGUAAUAUGUGUUCAUAUUAGACCUGGGACUAAAAGAAUUUGAAAGUAGUAGUGGAGGGGAAAACCAAAGAAGUCUUAAUUUACAAAAAAACAACAACUUUUAAGUUGUUUAAGGCACACACAAAACAUAG